CCCUCAAGAAAGCCCCAAAUAUGGCUCUCAUUCUCCGUAAGACUGGCGGCUUGUUGGUUUCAAGGUAAUCUCACUAUAUAUUCAAAAUCAGUCUUUUCUGCUUUCUAAUAGUUCAAAAUGAAAGAUUUGAUGGAAAAAUCAACAAAAAAACCCAAGUUUUUAGCUACAUCCAUUAAUAAUGAAGGGGUUGAUAGAAUAAGCUAUUUGCCAGAUGAUAUACUCCACAAUAUCCUUUAAUCACUAUACAUUUUUGAUGUGGUUCAGUUAAGCAUUUUGUCAAAAAGAUGGAACUACAUAUGGAGAACAAUGCCUUACUUGAAUUUCGAUAUUAAUCGCUUUGGUUGUGAACGGAUUAGACAACCUUGGGAUUGGGUAAUGGUUAGGAUAUUCAAUGAUUUUAUCAAUUGGAUCUUGAUUUCCCAAUGUGGGGUUAGUCUUGUUUGCUUUAAGCUUUGUUGUGGCAAUCUUUUUGAUAAAGAGGCUAUUUUUCGAUGGGUUCGUGUGGCAACUAAGCGAAAUGUUCAAGAACUUGUGUUAAGUUUUUGUCCUACUGAGACAUUUGAGUUGCCAUAUUGUGUUGCGAGUUGUGAAUCUUUACGAAUUUUGAAAUUACAGCUGCCUAAUCAUAUGGGAUUUUCGCAGCUCAAAUUGCUUCAUCUCGAGGAAGUUGAGUUAUGGAAUGAGCACUUGACGAGUUGCUUGUUCGCGAAAUGUCCUGUCUUAGAAAAACUGAUACUGGAAGAGUGCACUUUUGGAACUAUGACUCUGCUUGAUAUUUCUUCGACAUCUCUGGUUUACAUGUCUUUACAAUGCUAUGGUGGUGAGAAUGAUGAAAUUUACAGAAAUUGUAGUAUCAAAAUUUCUUGCCCGAAUCUCAAGUUCUUGAAAUAUGGUGCUCCAAUGGCAAAGGAUAUAAUUAUAAAGAAUCUCUUCUCUAUAGAAGUUGUUGACAUCUUCUUUUAUUUUCCUUGUGGCUCAGUAGAAGAAGUUGGCAUGCUUGUGCAUAAGAUGAUCAAGAAUGUUCCUUCUACAUUAGCUUUGGAUUUAUGCAUGGGUUCAGUUUCGGGUCUGCAUAGUGUAUCUCAUCAACUAAGAAACUUUCAGGUCACGUUUUAUAAACUCAAGUCCUUAAAACUGACAGUGGGAAUUGAUGAAUCCUGGAUGCAAGUCAUGAUGCUAUUGCUCAAGUAUUCUCCUAAUUUAGAGGUUCUUAGUUUGUUUUCGGAUGAGAAUGAUGAUUGGGAUGAAAACUGGAAGCUGCAUGACCCUAGUGAAAGCAUUGUGUGCUUGGAAUCUCAUCUAAAAUUGAUUAAGUUGGCUGGUUUCAAAACUGAAGAAAAUGAGAUGGAUCUACUAAGGUUUUUCCUUAAAAAUGCACAGGUAUUAGAAAAACUAGUAGUGGUUUGGGACAGUUAUCGUGCCAUAUCAGAAGAGGCAUCAGAGGAGAUUUUGAAGUUUCCUAGAACUUCUUCAAAUGUUGUUGUGACAUUUCUUGAUUUCAACCUCAAAUCAAGGUCUCGUUACCCGCACAAUAUAGAUUAAAAGAAGUUUUGAUUGUUAGAAGCUAUGUUGCUCAGACUCGUUAAAAGUACUGCCGAGUGUGUUCCGGAUCCUCCAAAAGCAAUACAUUUUUGGAGGGUCCGAGCAACAAAGUUUAGAAGUACCCUUGAUGAGAUUUUUUUCUCAUAAGUUCCUUAUCAGAACUAGACCAUAAUGAGCAAGCACGCGGUACCUGAAGUGUAUGAAUUUCUACGAUUGUUUUGCCUUUCAAAAAGGAAAAUUCAGCUGGACAGCCCUCAGUGAAGCAUGUUUCACUCAGGACAACCUCAACAGAAGAAACAUUCAGCUUGUCAACAGAUGUUACAUGUCCCGUUCUACUUUGGACUAAGUUGGCCAUGCCACACACAAUUGACGAUCCAUAUGAAAGUUGGUGCUUAUGGAGAGUUGAUAAAGCCGUUAAGAAGAUCUGGAUGAUGGUCCUUGCAAGUAUAUUUUGGUGUGUUUCGACAGAAAGAAACCGCAUACGUUUUGAUUCCAGUAUGGAUGAAAUGGAGGCUUGCUUCCGGAGUGCUAUGUGACAAGAAGGUGCCACCACAACUUAAGGGCAAGUUCUACAAAGUGGUGGUUAGACCGACUAUGCUGUAUGGGGCGGAGUGUUGGCCAGUUAAGAUUUCUCACGUUCAAAAGAUGAAAGUUGCUGAGAUGAGAAUGUUGAGAUGGAUGUGUGUCCACACUAGGAGUGACAGGAUUAGGAAUGAGGAUAUUCGGGACAAGGUGGGAGUGGCCUUGGUGGAAGACAAGAUGCGAGAAGCGAGAUUGAGAUGGUUUGGGCAUGUGAAGAGGAGAGACACAGAUGCCCCAGUGCGGAGGUGUGAGAGGUUGGCCAUGGAUGGUUUCAGACGAGGUAGGGGUAGGCCAAAGAAGUAUUGGGGAGAGGUAAUUAGACACGACAUGGCGCAGUUAUAACUUACCGAGGACAUGACCUUAGAUAAGAGGGUUUGGAGGACCCACAUUAGGGUAG